AUGAGCGACGGGGCCCCCGGCACCGAGCCGGAGCCCGCCGAGGCGCAGAACGCGCGCGCCUGGCGCUGCCCCGACCACGGCGAGCGCGCGGCCGAGCUCUUCUGUCGCCAGUGUCGCCGCUGCGUGUGCACGCUCUGCCCGGUGCUGGGGGCGCACCGCGGCCACCCCGUGCGCCUGGCGCUCGACGAGGCGGCGCGCGUGCAGAAACUCACCCAAGAAUGUCUAAAGCACUUGGAGACCAGGCAGCAGCAGCAGGCCGGCAACAUAGCCCAGAUAGAGGACGCUGCCGAAAAGCUCAAGGCGCAGGCAGAUUCAAGUAAACAGUGGCUGACGGUGAAAUUCUCUGAGCUCAGACAACUUCUUGAUGAAGAGGAAAAGACAGCCAAGAAGUUCAUUGACAGAAACAUGCAGCUCACCCUCCAGGUGUUCAGAGAGCAAAUCGAGUCCUGUGGGGAGCAAAUGGAUAUUAUUCACGGCCUCUCCAACCGGGUCUGGCGCAUCAGCCAGGAGCCCAACCCUGUGCAGCUACUGCAGGGCUACACGGCCGCUGAGCAAGAGCUGAAGCGCCACAUGUGCCUGGGCGAGCUGUGCCACCCCGUGCCCUUCUCCUUCGAGCCCGUGAAGAUUUUCUACAAGGACCUGGCCGAAGCCAUGCGGAGCACAUUGCAGAACUCCCUAGAAGUGCGCCUCAAAGAGAAUGUGAACUGUCAGCUCUCGGGCUCCUCCAGCGCCAAGCCCGGCUCCCUGUUGAAGACGGGGCCCACGCCAGAGCGAUCACUCUUCCUGAAAUACGCGCGCACGCCCACGCUGGACGGGGACACGAUGCACUCGCGCCUUCGCCUGUCGUCCGACCGACUGACGGUGCACUGCGGCCUGCUGGGUCGCCUGGGACCCGCGUCCGCGCAGCGCUUCGACGAGCUGUGGCAGGUGCUGAGCCGCGACUGCUUCUCUGCGGGCCGCCACUACUGGGAGGUGGACCUGCAGGAGGCGGGCGUGGGCUGGUGGGUGGGCGCGGCCUACGGCUCGCUGCGGCGCCGCGGGAGCUCGGCCGCCAGCCGCCUGGGCUGCAACCGCCAGUCCUGGUGCCUCAAGCGCUACGACCUGGAGUACUGGGCCUUCCACGACGGCCAGCGCUGCCGCCUGCGGCCCCGCGACGACCCCGACCGCCUCGGCGUCUUCCUGGAUUACGAGGCGGGCGUCCUGGCCUUCUACGACGUGACGGGCGGCAUGAGCCACCUGCACUCCUUCCGCGCCUCCUUCCAGGAGCCCCUGUACCCGGCCCUGCGGCUCUGGGAAGGGGCCAUCACCAUCCCCCGGCUGCCCUAGGGGCCCGCGCCGCCGCGCUCCACCCCGCCGCAGUGUGUGCAGCUGCGCGGGCGCCCCCUCUCCGCCCCCAGCCCCGCUGCCCGGGCCACCUGCCUCCUGCGCGUCCACCCAAGCCAUCCCCGCUGCGCUCCCGCAGCCCUGGACUAGCAAGAGGCCCCGACUCGUCUAUCCCUGGUGUGGACGACCCGGAUCGACUUCAGCUUCUUCGUGUGUCACCUGCGCGCAGGACUCAGCUACAUGACUCCGAGGCCACUGUGUCUGGUCCUCUAAGCGCCGGAGGGAGCUGCCCCCAACCUGGCCUGCCCCUCUCUACGGAGAGGUUCUGCGAGGGGGGAGGAAAGCGUUCUGCAUUAGCAAAGAAACCUCUGCACCUCUUUCCGUUGUCCUAUUGUUCUUUCCAGACCCAGGCCUUUCCUUUGCUGGUGCCUCACCCACCCACUCCUUGCAUGCUUGCAGGAAACUUUCCUCUCUUUACCUGCCUCAGUCUUCUCCAAGCACCAGGGCCGCAGGAGCCUCCCAGCAUAGAGCCAGCAGUCUCCUGAGUGGACUUUCCCAUUGGCUUGGGAGCACUGAUCCCUGUCCCUCCUGAGCAGCUCAGAAAGCCCCCUGCAAGCAGUGAGUGGGGUCAUGAGAGCUGCACUGGGGGGGGGGGGGCUCCUGGAGGACCCCACCUCA